AUGGUACGAGAAACACAUUCUGAUUCAAGUCCCGCGCAAGAACACUUCCCGUCCAGCGCGAUCCCCGAUCUUACCGCUCGGCGAAAGGGGCGUCUACCAAGGAAGGAGGCUAAUGAAAUGUUGGGCGAUAAUCACGCGUCCAAUUUAGACCAUCCUCAAAGCCACAACACCAUCGUUUCUAUCCAUAAUUCGCACUCGCAUCUGUUGAACUCUACGGCCGGAACAUCGACCCCAUUUCAUCAGCUUUCUAGCAUGAUGGAGGAUGAAGAGGCCGAAAAAGAGGCUUCAAAUGACGAGUUUGAAUCUCUUUCUUCAGAACUUGCCCCAUUGAGGAAACGGACAUCCAAGUCUGCGAAGAGCUCUGCCAUUGCCACACCACCAUUGGCAAAUUCAGAAACUCGCAGGGCUAAAAGAGCGUCUGGGGAGCACCUUUGGAAGCAUCGGUGUUUUUGGGAUGAAGAAGAAACGGAAUAUUUGAAGGAGGGUGUCAGGAAAUAUGGAAAAGGAAAGUGGAAGGCUAUCCUUUCGGACCCGGCAUUCAAAUUCAAGGAUAGGUCUUCCGUAGACCUGAAAGACAAGUGGCGAAACUUGGAAACAUUCGUUCCCUGGUCUGAUCACGAGAUAAGACGGUAUAUUCUUUUGGACGAGUCCCACGCACCGUAUCGUACUGCCGCUUCCAACUUUCACAUCUUCCAGAAUAGGGACGAGUUUUAUUCAUUGGGCCCUGAUGAUAAUACGCCAUUUCUGAUAUAUCUUAGAGAAAUCCGAUCUGUCGAUCCUACAGCCACAUACUCUGGGGAGGCCUGUGGCUCUCUUGUUUCUGAAGAGGAGCAAGUUGUCCAUGUUUAUGAAGGCACCCGUGAGCGCCGGGUUGCAGCGGACAUUGAGAAGUUUCAGAACAAACGUUUUAUGUGGGUACCGUCCGUUGUGAAGCUUCGAACAGAAAAGCUGUCCUAUGGCCGAAAAAGCACCUCCGUGGCUUUGCCUUCCGGUGCGCCUUCCGUAUCAAUUUCGUCUUCAGGACGGAUGGGGAUUCUGAUGCCAUAG